CUGUAUUUUAAAAUAACCAACCAACGGAAUUUGGGCUUCGGUUGGUCAUAUCGUUUUAUGUUGUGUUUUUGUGACCUGUUUAAGUUCGAUCGUUUAGGUAUUUGAUAAAUCGUUUCAUUUGGCUUCGCUUGUUCGUUAUUUAUUUUCAAAACCGUAAGGAUAAUAAGUGGUACGUGAAAGCUUGUGUAAGAUUAAUUACCUUACACAUUAUGGAUAAGCCUACAAACUUUCCCGUAGCUACAUCACAAAAAUAUAAGUAUGCGAAGGAAAUCAUUUGUGAUUUGGAUGCAAUAUUUGUAUACCCAAGGUUGAUAUUAAUUGAAGACAAUCGUUCCAUAAGAAUUUUGGAUAUCAAUGAUAAAGAUUUUGAUGCGGAUAAAAAUAUAAACGACUUUGAAAGCGAAAUAUUGGAUAGUACCUUAACACAUAAUAAUAAUUAUUUAUGGCUGAUUUUAAAAUCUGGUGAUAUUUUCGUCAUUGACUUGAACUGCAAUUCUCGCAUUAAAGUAUGUCUUGAAAACCAUAAGAAUCUGAAAUUUCAACAACUAAAAAGUGAUGGAAAUGUUUUAUUUCUGAUCAAUGAAGAUGGAGAAUGCUUUUCUGCUUCAUUUGAGUUUGAAGAUCUCAUAAAAAAAUUUAAUAAUUCUACAGAAGAGUAUUAUGUUAGUGCAAAGCGAGCUAAAAUUCGCCGGUCUACAUUAGAAGGCCUAAAACCUAGACCAUCUAUUAAUGGUCUUGAUAUAUGUUUAUCUGGUAGUGACAUAUUGUUGAAAUGUCCCAUUACUGGUUUGGAUAGACUUUUGCCCACAAACAGGAUGUUUGAGCAUAUGGUACCAUGGAAUAACACUGCUGUACUCUUAGACAAAUUGGGCAUGUGUGUUAUAGACUUAGAAGAUGCUGGAAUUUUAUAUGAGUUUGAAAAUAAUGUGGGAUAUUAUUACCCAGUUGGUGCUUAUGAAAAUUUAUUUUAUUAUAUCUUAUGGGAUGAUAAAGAGGUUUUCCUAUGUUACGCUUGGACCUCCAAUACAGAGCCUCUAGAAGGUAGAGGUAAUGCCAGCUGUGUAAAUAACACCACCUCAACACUUUCUUCUCAGGAAAUUCUGAAACAACAAUUAAAAAAUUUGAUUGAAACCACUACCAUCAACACAAAACCCAGGGAAGUAAUGGUGCAAAUUGGGCCACUGUUUGAAAAAAUUACAGAUUUCACUUUUUUGUUGGAACAAGCCACUAGUCUUUGUAAACUAAACAUUGCUUACAAAUUACUCCUUUAUCCACUUCAAGCACAUAUGUACUCUAUUGAUAAUCAAGAUUUGAUUCAUCAAGUAUGUGAUCUGAUUAUAAAAGUAGACCUGCUUGAAUACAUCAAAUUCAGAGUCAACAACCAUUAUGAUGAUGUCAAUUUGUUUGAGCAAAACUUUAAAGAACUUUGCAUUUUAUUUACUAAAAAAUCAGAUUUAGACUUAGCAUCCAUCUGUUGGUUAAAAUAUACUGAAAUGAAACUUCUACUAACUCAAAGUGAUGUAAUUGAAAUUUUGGAUUCUAUGCCUCAUAACAUUAAGUUGGGUGCACUUAUUAUAUGGUUAAAAAAUUUUGUUCCCUCCCUUUUAGAGAACAACCCCUUCUUUAUUGAUUUGUUUGUCAAAUGGACUAUGAAAAGGGUAUUUGAAUUGGAAAAAUCAGGAUAUUGGCCUAAAAUUGGAUUAAAGUUUAUAGAAGAAAUUACAAAUGUUUUAGAAUCAUCAUUAAAAGGUGUGUCAAUAAGACCUAUUUCUAUGGAUGAUCUUGACAUCCUAAAAGGUCAUAUCAAUUAUAUUAUAGAAUUGAAAGAUAAAUACAAAAUUAACAUGCUUUUGGCAGAAUUGAGUUCUCAAAGCCCCAAUGAAGUGGCACUUAUAAUGUUGCACAGAUGCUACACUGAAGACUUACAAUUAUUCCUUCAAAAUUAUUUGCCCUCUUAUACAUCAAGACAUUUAAUAGAUAUGGAUGAUAUUCUUCGAACUUUCAUAGAAAGUGAGGCAGCGGCUAGCGGAGGAGUUAUUGAUGGAGUAAGAUUGAAAAUAAUAUUAUGCUCAUUUCGUUCGACAACUACCAAACUUGACUGUCUUCUCCAUGUUUUAAGAAUACUUGAUGUUCCAUGGAAUGAUACUGUUACAGAAUUAGCAGUAUCUGCUGCUUCCUCAGCUACAAAAGAUUUUACAGUGUCAGAGACAGACCAUGCUUUAGCACAAGAAAUACAACAAGAAUUGAACUAUGCUAAUGUUAAAGUAGUGUUGAAAAGGUAUAAUUUUCCACUGUCAUGUACAGAUUAUAUGCUUGUUCUUCAUAAAAUAGUAGGUGCACAAGUUGUAAAUUUACAGGAUCUUAAAAGUGUUACCAAUGUAAUGACGAUAUCAAAAAAUUUUGGCCAUGUUUUAUAUAUUGUAAGAUGUCUUCAAGAUAGUGACACUAGAAUUGCUUUGGAUUAUUUCAGUACCUUGACAAAUAACGAAAAGAAACUUUUGCUAAAAGUAAUGAUUGCAAAAUAUGAGCAAGUAAUCAGUUGUGGUUCAUUGGAUAAUAUGACAAUUGAAAGGAAUUACUUAGAUUUUUUAAAAGGCACCCAAAUGUUAAAUACUUUUCAGAUCAAUAAUAUUGAAGGUAUUUAUUAUCUUAAAAAUUCUUAUGAUAUUAAAUUGUCUGUGGAUAACUUAUAUAAUGAAGAUGUUUGUCUGAAUGUAUGUACUACUUGGAUUUAUAAAGAUGGAUAUUCAGCUAGCUCAGGGCCUGGAGGAUGUGUAACUCAACUUACACACACAAAUCAGUCCAGUCAUUCCAAACUUCAGUCUCUCUUGCGUCGCUCAUCCACAAAUCAUACUGUACGUAACCUUAUUGAAAAUCUUAUAAGACAUUUAACACUUGAAGGUAAUUCAUACAAUGAUGAGUUUGCUUUAUCUGUCUUUAAAGAUGGAGAAAAUUCUCCACUUUUAUUAAGUUGUAUUGAAGUAUUUGUUGAGCUUGCUACUAAUUGUGGUGAAGAGCAUCUACAUUAUGUACUAAAUAUUUUGAAUGUAAUGAAUGCUAUACAAAAUGCUAAUGUGAUCCUUAAGAAUUUGUCAGUGGCUUGGAAAUUCCAUUAUAUUUUCUUGCCUAUGUCAUCAGUAACUGGUAUUAAUAACUUGAUUGAUUUCUAUGCUAACUUUUCCCAUCAAACAAUGUGUUUAUCAUCAUUAUGUACGGAGAGAUAUGACUUCAUUCCAUUUAAUAUAAUUUCAAGCAUAGUAAGCAUUUGUAUACAUACAAGUAAUGUAAUUGAUAAUGAUUUUUUAAACAUAAGGAACAAAACUGUUAGAAGACUUUUACAAAAAGUCGUUAGUUCACAAGAGAUUGAUGAACUCUUACUAACAGCAUUACUUGUAAUCUUAAGUAAACUCGAAGCAAAGGACGAAAGUUCGCUUUUAGAGAUGCUGCAAGGACAAAAUGACACCUUGUCGCCUGCACUAAUGUCUUAUCUUUCUUAUGCACCAAUACGACAUACUUUUGCUUUGGAUAAUAUUUUGCCUAGUAACAAAAUAUCUUAUCGUCCUCAAUACAUCCUAAAAUCUAAAUUCAACAUUAAUUUAACAGAUGUUGCUCUUCCUGACUGUAGCGAAGAAACAUGGGAUGUAAAAGUAGUUUUAUUUUAUGUCUUGAAGCAAUGUCCUAACACUUCUUUCGAAAGAGUCGUAGAAUUGUGUCGUACAUUGGAUGUCUCUCUAAAUGAUGGGUUGUCUUUACAACUGAUAUCAAUACUAACCUCAUGGGAGUUGAAAUAUAAAGUUAUCAAUGACCUAAAUUGUAGGCAGAUUUAUUAUGAGAAUGAUGAAAAAGAAAUAACAAAAAUAUGUUUAAUAAUUUGGAAUAAUAUAUCUAACAAGGAAUUCUUGAAAGAUAUUUUAACCGACUUUUGGAGAAAUGGUGAGGUUACCCUACACGGCAGACUGAUUUCAGUAAAUCCGUAUUACUACGAAGUGUAUUUAUGUAUUUAUCGUUUGCUAUUUGGUUCAUCAAUGGAGUUAAGAAACAAAAAGGAAUAUUUUUUGCUCAAUUUUUUAAAAACAUACAGGAGAACUAGUACGCCAAAACAAUAUGAAUAUGAACAUUUUUCCGUGAAAGGUAUGUUUCCAGAAAUAGGCAAGUACAGACUUCCGUUCCAACUAUUUAUGCGCGAAGAUAUGUGGUCUAAUUUAAAAUCAGAAAUAACACUUGAAACUUACGAACGCUGGCUACCGGUAGUUACACUGCUUGCACUCGAUCCCGAUUUGCAGACUGCACGAGAUAUGAUAUGCAGCAAUGCUUUGAAACAAACUAUGACCUCACGGAAACGUUCAGACAGUCUCGAGCCCGAGGCUAAAGAUUCGGAACCAUGGCGGUUGACGACCCGUGAAGAGCCCUUACUUCGAGCUGCUCAUCGAUGUGUUAAGCACAUAGCUAACAUGGAAUGGGCAGGUGCAUGUUUGUUUUAUGUUUUACAAGGUUGCGCUCGUGGAGCUGAUCAAGUAGCCGCAGCUCAAUUAUGUUAUCAAUUUGCCCAGCGUUGGGCUGCUCUUCAACCUGGAAAUCGAGCCGUGAGACAAAUGGAAAGACUACAUUCAACUUUAUCAACGCGUCACGCUUUGCACAAAAUAGACUGGGCCUGUGAAGAAUUCGUUCGCCUUUGCACAGAACCUGCUCAACUAAUCCGUGCAAUGUAUCUUCACCCCAACUUUGUAGAGAAAAUGAACCGUCAUGAUGUUAAUCGCACAGCAAAUGAGAUUGCCGACAAAAAUGCUAUUAACAUAAGUUCGAUACGAAUUCAGAUAUUGGAAAGUCUUUUAGAAAAAUCACACGAAGAAAAAACGUCGAAUUCCUUUUUAGGUUUGGAUACAAAAGAGUUGAUGAUAGCAAAGUACAUUUUAAAAGCUACCUGUCCUAAAAUGGGUGCAAUCUAUUUAUCUAGAAUAGCUUUCGAUGAUGAAAGUGAUUUUAAUAAAUGUAAAAAAUUAAGAGCAUUACAAUGCUUGAUGAGUGUAGUUGAUUCUGAUACAGCAAUGAAAGUAACUAAUAAAGAACGAGGAGCUUUGUGGACUUCCCUUGUAGAGUUAAUAUGCAUUGUCAAUUUAGAAAAAAUUGAUAUGCCAUGGGUAGUGGCUACUUUCGUUCAAGAUAAAAUUGGAGCACUUGAACAAUUACUGCAAUCAUCUAACACAAAUGUUGAAGGUUUAAAAAUAGCAGCAGAACUUGCUCGUACAUAUGGAAAUACUAAGAUAAUUUGCAAGCUCAUUCCACUGCUGCUUCGUGCAGGGUUAUUUGAAGAAAUCAUCCCAUUAUUACUUAAAGUAUCAUCUCCUCCAAAUGAUAUACUAUGUGCUGCUUGGCGUGCAAUUUUGUUGUCUCCUUUUCAACGUGCGGAUUAUCCGAUUACAGAAAGGCAGAAAGCCAAAUGUCUUAAUGUUAUCAAUUUGUUGCCAAUAUGUCCUGUUAUUAAAGAUGGUGACUUGAAAGAAAUAUGGAAAAACUGUGUGCGAUGUAAAUGUUUUGGCAUGGGUUGUCUUGUUUUACCCUAUAUGACUACUGAAGCAAGGCAAUCAUUAGUAGAACUUCAAAAAAUUGAUAAGAGAAAUCUAAUAGCUAGUCUUAAAAAUUUACAAUCUGAAACGUACCUAGUAUCUGGUGCUAUGUGUGUAUUAGAGAAUUUACCCAAUAAAAAUUAUAAGUAAAAUGACCUGAAUUAACAUACUGGAAAAAUUAUGUAUUUAUUUUAAAAAAUGUAUUGAGUUUGCUUGCAACUAUUACUUCAAGAUUUUUUAUAUCAAGGUACUUAAACCAUGAAAUGCUUCGUUACUUCACAAAUAUGCAAAUUAGGUGCACUUGAAAUACCAGUUUUUUGUUUAAAAAAUAUCUAUUUUCAAGGUCUACAGUAUAGCAAUAGGAAACAUGUCAUAUAUUGUAUCAUAUAAGUUUUAACAUAAAAUGUUAUCUAGUGAUAGUAUUUUUAAUAUUUAUAUUUAAGCCCAAAAUGUGUAAAAAAUAUAAAGCUUUUUUAUCUAUUUUAAA